GUUAAUUAUCUUUUUUUUUAUAUUUCUCUUAUAAUCAUGUCUGGCGAAGCAAACUCAUACCUCAGCCACUAUUCCCGACCUGACCCUCAGGCUGCUGCCCGUUAUGCUACUCAGCAGGAAGGUGUUUCAGAAGAGGACGAAGGCAUGUUCUCUUCUGUCCUUUCCCGCUUUACCGGAGAUGAUGACGAUGAUGAUGAAGCACCCCACAAGCGUCCUAUCCAGGAUGAUGAGGCCAACGAGGCUGCCUCAGCUCACGACCGUAUCUACAGUCAAAACAACGGUCAGCCCGACGAAGGAAACACUUCACGUGACCUUGGAUCAGCUGCUGCCCUCCAGGCCUUCAAGAUGUUCUCUGGUGGCGGAGGUGGCAGCGGUGGCGGAUCUAACGAGAUGAUCGGUAUGGCUAUGGGUGAAGCUAUGAAGCUUUUUAACGCACAGGGUGGCAAGGCAGAUCAGUCCGAGAUGCUCCAGAGUGCUGCAAUGAUGGCCUUGAAGCUCUACACCACCAGCCAGGCUUCCAAGGCCGGCGGUGAAAGCAGCGGUGGACUUGGCUCUAUUAUGGGCAUGUUGGGCGGAGGUGGAGGAAGCAGCGGUGGCAUGGCUGCCAGUUUACUUUCUAAGUUUAUGUAAUAAUACCAAUACCAAUAAUAAUAGUAAUAUAAUAAUGUAUCAAUUCCAAUAAGAGCAGAUAAAACAUGGCUCAUCUAUAUAAAACAUGACGUCUAUCUGUAUUUU